AUGGCCCUGACGGUCUUGUGGAAAUGGCCUUCGGUCAGGGUCCUCCUCGCGGCCUGCACUGCGCAACUCGGCUGCUCUUUGGCGGUCGAGGGCCAACGACAUGUCCACCUCGAUAGCCAAGGACACCUCAGAGUGGCUCCAUCGCCAGCGCCGGCCAUGGCCGCCUCGCCCGCGCCGGCCAUGGCGGGCGGUCCUGUGCCUGCAAAGAUAGCCAGGAAGCAGCAGCCGCUGUUUCCGGUCAGUUACAACUUAGAUCUGUCCGACCUCAAGGAAGAUGAGGCCAGACUGCAGUACUUUGACUGUGGCUUGAGCUAG